ACGUCGUGGUUCAGCGAAUCUGAUUUAUUUUGUUGCGGGAAGCAGUUUACGGAGGAAAAUCGAAGGAAGAACGUUGGAAACUCAAAAUCAAAAAAAAUCCCGGCUCCGUUAGAAAAUCUCCGACCCAAAUACCUAACGUUCGUUCGUUAAUUACUCUCACAAACAAAAGUGUGUAAGAAAAGACUGAAUUUUGUUUAGACAAAUGAAACGAAAGAGAGGGCAUAAGAAAGGAAAUAAAGCUAAAGCCAAUGCUGCUGCUUUGGUGGCUCCCAAUGAGGGUACUGGCAAUGUUGCGAGUGUAAAUACUGAUGAUAAUUCUGUUAAUGAUGAUUAUGAAUCUGGGAUGGAAGUUGAUACUCCUUCAUCUACCAGAACCGAUCCGGCAUUCAAUGUCACCAGCGUAAAUCCUGAUAGCUCUGUGGAUAAGGCCGUUGGUAAGUCCGUUGGUCGUGUUAAGGUGAAGCUCAAGACAUCAUCAAAAGUGUUGGAAUCUGAUGUCCCUUCACAUAGUGAUACCGAUAAGAGUAGUCCACAAGUAGGGUUUGAGAGACAAGGUGGGGUUUAUGAGAAAAUGGAAGACAGUGCUAAUUCAUCUGCAGAGAUGAAAAUGGGUGUUUCUAGUAGCGUGUCAAGGAAAGCUGGAAGUAUCAAGAUUAAGUCAUCUAGGAUGUUGGCUGGUUCAAAUGCUGAUAAGAGUGGUAAUGUUAUAGGAGAAGAACGUGAGUCUUCUUUCCAGAAAGAAGCAAAGAUGCCUCGUUUGGGUUCUCGGUAUAAUAAGCGAGAAUUAGAUUCUGCUCUGACGGUGAUAAAGAAAGUGAUGAAAAUGGAAGCAGCUGCUCCCUUCAAUGAGCCUGUCAACCCUGAAGCUCUGGGGAUACCUGACUAUUUUGAUAUCAUAGACACACCAAUGGAUUUUGGAACUAUAUGCAACAAUUUUGAAAGUGGGGACAAGUACAUGGAUUCAGAAGAUGUGUUUAAGGAUGUACAGUACAUUUGGGAUAAUUGUUGCAAGUACAACAACAAAGGUGAUGCUAUCUUGGACCUAAUGAGACGAGUGAAGAAGAAUUUCAUGAAGUAUUGGACAGCAGCAGGAUUAUACACUGAACAUUCAAAAGGAGCAAAUGGUGCUGAAGGCGGUGAUGUUGAGGAUUCCAGCCAGGGGAAAAUGCAGAUAAAAUCUGGUCAAUCAAAACUGAAAAACCGAAAACACGGAAGGCGCCAUAAAAGCGAUUGCUUAUGUGCUAUUUGCGUCUUGAAGCGACGCAAGAGAGAGCGCGAGGCAAAUGCUAGAAUGGCUAAAGGUCAUUCUGAAGUCCUGGAUCCCCUGCAAGAGGAAUCUUCACCUGUUGGUAGUCCUUAUGGUGAAGAUUCAUCAUUAAAUAUGGAUGAAUCAGUGGACCCAUAUGCAGAUGCUGAGGUGGAAGGUGAAGGAGAAAAGGUGAAAGGGGAGGUGUCUGAGCAUCAGUAUAGCCGUAUGGAGGAGAGGCAUGAGGAGGAGGAAGAUGAUGGGGAAGAAGAGGAAGAGGAGGAUGAGGAAGAAAACGAGAUAAAGACUAUUAACAAAGAUGAAGGUCAAACGAAAGAGCAAUCAGAGUUCAGAGAUAGCUUGUCAGAGGAGCGUAGUAGAAAAUCUCAGCCUGAAACAGUGGAUAAGUCUGGUGCAGUAGCCCAAAACCAGAAAGGAAUUACAACACAAAACGAAGAAGAAAGUAAAGCAGUUCAACAACAGAGAUACAAGGAGGCUCAAGAAAGGCAACAAAGGUCUAAAAUGUUGGAGAGCUUCUGCUUCGAGAAUCCCAUGCUUCUUAAAUUAUGUGGAGUUCUCUUUCCUGACAAUAAGAAGUCUGUUUGGAGUGGCCGUCAUUCAUUGGUUCUGAAUCGGGAUUCUCAAACUAGUCUAGUUCAUUCAGCUAUCGAGUCAUUCAUGAAGUAGAUUAUGAGAUUUCUUGCGGUUCUUUCCUUUGUCAAGAGGUAUUUGGCAUAACCCUGGAAAAAUCUGUCUAGGUGAAAUAGGUGAUUUACAUAAUACCGUUGUAAAUUAUUAGCUGCUAAGCACACAGAACGCUCUGACAUUAGAUCUGAUCUACAUUUGUGGCUUACUCCUCUAAUCUAAGUAUCCUUCCUCUAA